CACCUGGGCGGGGCGGGGCCACACCUGGGCCGGGCGGGGCGCGCAGUGCGGCGGCGGUGGCGGUCAUGGCGGGAGCGGCGCGGCGGGACGGCCCCGGGCCCCGGGCCCCGGUCCUGCUGGUGCUCGGUGCGGCGGCCGUGUCCCUGGUCGGAGCCCAGGUCACCUCUGAGAACAGAGAAGUGCCUGAACAUAAGCCUGCUGACAUCCCCUGCUCAGCGUAUCGGUUCGGCUUGAGCAACCCCCGCAUCGAGUGGAAGUUCCAGAAGGGCUCCUCGCUGGUGCUUUUCUACUAUGGGGGGGAGCUGACAGACUCGUACAAGAACCGGGUCCAGUUCUCGCCCAACGUCAUCCACUUCAGCACGGUGACGCGGGAGGACACAGGGAAGUACAUCUGCGAGGUGGUGGGGAGCGGCAACCAGAUCGCCAAGUCGGAGGUGAACCUCAUCGUCCAAGUGCCGCCUGCCAAGCCGGUGGCCCAUGUCCCCACCUCGGCCACCAUCGGCAGCAAGGCCGUGCUGCGCUGUACCGAGACGGAUGGCUCGCCGCCCCCCACCUUCCGCUGGUACAAGGACAGCAUGCUGAUGCCUCCCAACCCCAAAACCAGCCCGACCUUCAGGAACUCCUCCUAUACCCUGGACCCCGCCACGGGGGAGCUGAUCUUUGAGCCUCUCAGUGGCUUCGAUACCGGCGACUACUACUGUGAGGCAACGAACAACGUGGGAUCCCCGCAGAAAUCGGCCGUUGUCCACAUGGAAGCCAGUGAAGUCAACGUGGGCGGCAUCGUGGCUGCAGUCGUGGUGCUGCUGAUGGUGCUGGCGCUCGUGGCCUUCGGCAUCUGGUUUGCCUACAGCCGCGGCUUCUUCAAGAGAAAAGACACCGCCGGCAAGAAGGUGAUUUACAGCCAGCCCUCGCACCGCAGCGAAGGAGAAUUCAAGCAGACGUCCUCCUUCCUGGUGUGAGGCUCCCGCGCCGCCAGCUCUUGUAAAUGUUCCCCAAUUACUGUAGCUACACCGUGAUUUUUAACUUUUU